CUUCUGGACUCCAAGUGGCAACUUGAGAAAUUGUACUUUACAUCGCUCAACAGUCCAUCACCAUGCAGUUGGUGUGCAGGCACCGUGGCCGUUUGCGGGACUUGAGGCUCCCCGCCCUAUGGAACUUGAACGUUUGAAACUAUCCCUUAACGAGUCUAGCCUAUCUAUCGCCAAGCCUGUCCCUGGCGUGUUCCAGGCCGACAACCACACCACGACAGAGUACCUGACCUGCAUCACGACGCAACGGAACAUGUGCCUUCUCGCAGACACCUUCGAAACGGUCCCUGUUCGCGCCCCGUCCAGCUCACCAUGAGCAGCGAAACCGCGACGUCCAUCUCCGACGAGGAGGUGGUGGCGCUCGCACAAAACAUCCUCCGCCAGUCUCGCGAGGACAUCGACCAGCGUGCCGGGCAAACGACGAGCGAAUUGCAGCAGCAGCAACCGGGAAUCACUAUCGAUUUGGGCCACAAGAACAUUGUGAAACUGCCGGAUGAGGUCAUAGAUGUGAUCAGAGCCGAGAUUGAAAGACUCGCCCUCUCGCAUAACCUCCUCACGACGCUUCCUUCACGGCUGGUAGAAUGCAAGCGGUUGCGCUAUCUCAACGUGCGCUACAACUCGAUGCGCGAGAUCCCCGAAUGCAUUCUUGGAAUGCCCUCGCUCGAGAUUCUCGAUGUUAGCAGGAAUCGCAUAACGGCCAUUCCGCCCGGGAUCGCGAACCUGACGUCGCUCAAAGUGCUGGCGAUUGCGAAAAACCGGAUCGAGGAGCUCCCCGUAUGUCUUGGCGAUAUCAAUAGUCUACAGGUGCUGAAGCUCGAUGGCAAUCCGUUGAAAUUCCCUCCGCCGGAGGUAUGCAGCAUCAAUGCAAAUGCGCCGUCCCCUGCGAAUGAGAAUGAAAGAGAUGCGGUCAUAGCCACGCAGGUCAAGAAGUUCAUGAGGCUGCAGAGUUCAAAGGAGAAGCAACGUGUAGAGACUGAGAAGUUGCGGAUAGAGUCGUCUGGGGACGAGAGCUGGACCGAAAGUAAUCCGGAGACGCCCCGUCCUUCAAGGCGAACGAAUGGCGGACGGUUUCCCGUCAGGCCUAGCAUUGGCAGCGUGGAGGGCUUCAAUGAGAAACCGCCGGAGUCACCUGGGAUCCCACCGCCUAUUCCGACGAGAUCGCACUACCGGAACCAAUCGAGCCAGAACAACAUCACCUCGCGGAGACCGAAAAUAUCUCCACUCAUUUUGUCGAACAACGCCAACGAGAGGAAUCGGAGCCAGAGUGAAGGUGCUGGACCAGUGAGCCACAGGCAGAAGAGAAUGGGAAUUUACACCAACAAGACAACCGAUCUGGGCUUUGUCGACGAGCUGAAGAGAACCAGCCAUUUUAGAGGUUUCAGUCAGGGUUAUGUUAUACAUGCGAACGCGGUUCCCAACGGGAUGUCGGGUCCAGCAACCGCCAUUGGCUACGGGGACAAUGUGACCGUUAGGAGCUUGGCCAGUCGUCCUCUUUCCGAUGUUCGUGAGCACAAGAGACGUUCUCGACAACCCGAUGUCGUUGUUGAAGCCGCCAAGAAUUUCCUGUAUGCCGUAUCCCAGCUACACGAUACCAUUUCCCAUAUGAUGCGGGUUGAUAGGUCACAGGACAGUCUUCAUCGCAAGGAGGAUUUCUACCGCCGCUUUACCUCGACGUACCUACACAUUCGCGCUUUGGAUGACUUGUUGCGCCGUUUCGAUACGCUUGCGGAAGAAGAUGAGGAAGAAGCGAACACUCUUGCGCAAAGCAUUUACGUGUACACCCUGAAGUGUCUUGAUCUGUUCAUGGCGAUCAAUUUGUCUAUUGCGGAGAACCGGACUGAGAUUGCCCAAAGCGUAGACCCUCGAAUCCUCCGGACGUAUCUGCUCCUUCAGCAAGGCAGUCUCGCUGAAAUGAGGAACGCUUGUGCUAUUCUGGGUGCCGUCUUCAGCGACCCUCCCCGCAAGAGUAUGCGCUCAGAUGUAAAUGCGACAGUCCGCGCCCGACCGUUGAAGGUUCGACGUUUCCAGGCUUCACCGCCUCAGCGGAACGUGUCGUACCAGAUACCCCCGCCUGUGAUUCUCCACAGCAACGACAAUAGCCGCACCAAUACGUUGACGAGCAUUAGUGCUGCCACCCCGCGAUCGGGAGAGUCGUUUGCCACACUGGCAGCCAUGUCACGAUCCAACACUCUGAAUGGCACUCUGGACGAGCAAGAUGAGGACAUCUACUUUGAGCGGGUGUAUGACAAGCUCAAACUUGCUUGCGACGCCUGCGCGAACACCAUCCCUAUCAUCACGAGGUCUUUGGAGGAGAAGUUUGAGGUUUUGCGAAGGGAUCUUGACAUUGACGACCCGAAGCUCAAGGUCCUGGCUGGACUUGUGGAGAAGAGCAACCUGGUGCAAGACAGCAUGGAACCCCUGGCUCGCCGCCUCUCGCAAAUGCAGUUGAAGGACAGCUAUAGCAGAAGCCAGCCUGUUUUCUGGCAGCUCUGCAUGGCCUUCAUCAAGGCUUGGGGCGAUCUGGCGAGUGCAUGUAGUCAAGAAGGCCGUAACAUGGGCCUUGUCGGCCCAGUAGAAGUCAAGCAAUUGCUCAAGCCGCUCCACCGAACGGUCAAGGACGCCAGCCUCGCCAUCAACGAUUCUCCAUGGUCCCAUCUCACGGCUAACAACGCGGGAGCAACGACGCAACCCCAUCUGGCGUCCUUUACCUCUCGAACGCAGCCGCCGAGAUUCGCCAAACCCGCGAUGCCUGCUUCGAGCGGCUCGUCGUUCCCAGGCCCCAUCAACACAACCAUCACGUCGACGUCGGCAUAUUCCCAACCGUACUCGACGACUGGUGUCGGCUCCGGCUCCGCUGGCUACGGCACCCCGGUGCCUGCUACGCCGCUGUUGAGUGCGGCCCUGGGCGCGGCGGCGCAGGCGACGGUGCCGAACACGCCGAGCUAUGCUCCUGUGGGGUCCAGUAGCACGAUCAAUGUGUUUGAGAGGGCGGAUAGGCUGUUGAGCCAGCAGUCGAGGCGCGUUUGAUGGGGAGGGCGGGUGGCAUAAUGACUUGUAUUAUGGUUUAAUAACGUAGAAUUAGCGAUGGCGUUGGGAGUCUUCUCGGCGGGCAGUAUCCAACUGGCACGGCACGGGUUUCUUUCUGCCAAGGGACGACGUAUGAUGCAUGCAAGGAGUUUCUAUGGGCAUGGGCAAAGGGAUCAUAUCAUGGAUGGGGAGUUCAAAGUGGGAAGGCAGCUGUCAUGGACGUACGUACGCAGGCAUGGGAAUGGGAUCAGUGGGUGAGAGCUAGGUAGCUGUGAAAUGCCGACUGGUUCUCCUUUCUUCCCG